GGUCCAGGAGCUUCUUCGUGUGGUUACGGAAACUUCAUGGAACUGGGACCUCUAGAUGUGAACUUAAAACCUCGUAACACGACAUGGGUUAAAAAUUCAAAUAUCCUCUUCAUUGACAAUCCAGUAGGGACUGGAUUUAGUUAUGUAAAAAAUUUAUCGGCUCUUACAAAGAACAACUCCCAGAUAGCUGAUGACCUUGUGAUCCUCAUGAAACAAUUCUUCCAGAAAGUACCAGAAUUUCAGAAAUCUCCUUUGUACAUCUUCUCAGAGUCUUAUGGUGGAAAAAUGGCUGCAUCUUUUGCCUUAGCACUCUACAAGGCAGUGAAGUCUGGAAAGAUAUCUUGUAAUUUUCAAGGAGUUACGUUUGGUGAUUCUUGGAUUUCUCCUAUUGAUUCUGUAGCAACCUGGGGUUCAUAUUUGUACACUGUGUCUAUGGUGGACAAGCAAGGACUAGAAGUGAUUAAUGCAAGUGUACAAGAUAUCCGUCAGUCCAUGGCCAAAGGUCAGUAUGUGAAUGCAACAGAGUUAUGGUCAAGAACUGAAGAUAUUGUGGAAAAGUACACCAAUGGCAUUGACUGGUAUAACAUAUUAUCCAAUGUGGGUGAACAACCAAAACCUAUGGUGGGAAGUCUUCCUCCUAACCAUAUACUGCACAAAUCCUAUAUGCGACAUGUGGGUAAUCUGAGCAGUGACCCUUUAUUCAAGUUGAUGAAUGGAAAAAUCAAAGAAAUGCUUCGUGUAAUCCCAAAGAAUGUCACAUGGGGAGGUCAGUCAGGGGCUGUAUUUGAUGCCUUAAAAGGAGAUUUCAUGAAACCUGUCACUGACGUUGUGGACAUCCUGCUGAACACCACAGAUUUGAAAGUUGUUGUGUAUAAUGGUCAGUUGGAUCUGAUUGUUGAUGCUCCAGGUACAUUACAGUGGAUUGACAGUCUCAAAUGGCCAGGUAUAAAUGGUUUCAAGAAAGCCGAGCGUACUCCGAUUGUCUUGAAAGGCCAACGCACAGGAGGUUUUGUCCAAUCUUUCAAGAACUUCCAGUUUUUCCAAAUACUGAAGGCAGGUCACAUGGUACCCACUGAUGCUGGGGAAGCAGCCUUGAAGAUGCUUACUAUGAUAACAAGGAACAAAUAAAAUAUAUCAGAAUUCAAUGCAUGCAAUGAACCUAGACUAAUGACUAUGAAGAAUAAGUAGUUAAACUUAGAACUACAGCUUCAUCUGCAUGACUGCUUAAAUGAUAGUUGUUUUAUUAUUAUUAUUUUUUUUCUUGUGUUAUUUUGGUAUAUGCCACAGAAAAAAAAAGAAUAUGAAAAAGAGCUUACAGCAACGUUUUAAAUGUACAGAAGUACAGUUUUUGCCAAAGAUUGUGUAAUUACAUAUCGAUGUGAUUUUUCUUUUUAUUAUUUGUAAGUUAAACAUAUAGUCACAGUAUUUAUACAAAAACUGUUUUCAUUCUUUAUAAUACCUAAGAAUUACAUGAAAAAUUAACUUACAAAACAUAGAUAUAAACACAAUAAUUCUAAAUGUGAUUUGUGUUAAAGGUUUUAGAAAUUUUUAAUA